GGUACUGGCAACGUUUGUUCAACGGAUUAUCAAUGUCUUGGUGGACAGAAAUGUCACUCUGAAGUGUGUGAGUGUGACGGUAAUGAAGUGAUACUCGGUGGAAGAUGCGUUAAAAAUGAUGGCUUUUGCUUACAAGGAGAGCAGGGUCAAAUGAUAUUAUUGGAAGAUGCGUUGAACAGAAUGGAAAUUGCACGAAUCAUCAAAUUUUCGUUCAAAAUCGUUGCUAUAACCUUUCAAAACCUGGCCAGAACUGCCAACUUGACGCCCAGUGUAUCGGUGGAUCCGACUGCAUGA